CAAUCGGCCUCUGCAGCGGGCCCGGCUACACUUAUCGCACAGACCUCUUGCAGAAGAUACAGCCGAAUCCCGCAGUCCCGAUCUGUGGGGUGCAUGCGGGUGUCACAGCGGCCCGACACAUCACGGACAGGCGCUACAGCAGUCUCCUUUAGUCCGAUGCCGAUGGGCGUGCAGUCCCGCCUCAGAUGCCGCCUCCACCAGCGUUCUUUGCGCCCAUGCGCCUCCAACCCCGAACAGUGUGUGCUCAGACUCGGACACCACCCGUCACCGGCGCCGAGAGAAGCGCACUCCACAAAGAUUCUCGUGACGCAUGAGACCCCCCUGCACGACAGACGCGCUGGUGCAGGCGGCAUCGCCGGUGCCCUGUAUGCUGCAGUUUUGUACCAUAUCUCCCAACAACAUUCGGGACAUCAAGUCUCUAAUCCUUUUGUAUCCCCGCGCGGCAUUCCACCCAUCCGAUCCUCGCCAGCUGCGCCACACAAGCCACCAACUCGUCAUUGUGCGGCCCUCCUGUAAUUCCGUCUCUGUCAACCCGAAUGAACGCAACCGUGCCUGCCACUCUCGUCGGCGAGCUCAUCUCCCGCAGGCAAUGACCAGGUACAGAUCCCGUGCCGACGCGCCCGCUCCAGACGCGUAAUGCUGAGAUCGGAAUCAGCUGGUCGAUCGGUCGAGUUGCCGGCGGCAGUGGCAUGACGUCAGGGACGGGGCGUGGCGUCCUUG